AUGUACUUCUUCCUCAGUAAUCUGUCCUUUCUGGAUAUUUUAUAUACCACUGUUGUUACCCCAAAGCUGCUAGCCUGCUUCCUAGGAGAGAAGAAAACCAUAUCUCCUGCUGGCUGCAUCACCCAAACAUACUUCUAUUUUUACCUGGGGACAGUGGAAUUUAUCCUGCUGGCAGUGAUGUCCUUUGACUGCUAUGUGGCUAUCUGUAACCCCCUGGGCUACCCCAUCAUCAUGAACAGCAGGGUCUGCCUCUUGCUGGUUCUAGGCUGCUGGGUGGGGGCCUUCUUGUCUGUGCUGGCACCAACCAUUGUAGUGACAAGGCUACCUUACUGUCACAAAGAAAUUAAUCAUUUUUUCUGUGACAUUGCCCCUCUUCUGCAAGUGGCCUGUAUAGAUAUGGACCUCAUUGAGAAGAUAGACUUCCUCCUAUCUGCCCUUGUCAUCCUGAGUUCCCUGGCCUUCACUACUGGGUCCUAUACCUACAUCAUUUCUACCAUCCUGCGUAUCCCCUCAGCCCAAGGCCGUCAAAAAGCUUUUUAUACCUGCGCUUCUCACAUCACUGUUGUCUCCAUUGCCUAUGGGAGCAACAUCUUUGUGUAUGUAAGACCCAAUCAGAACUAUUCACUGGAUUUUUGA